CUCCCUACGACGACAUAAUUAUCGCGAGAUUUUAUGUAAAUUAACGAAAUCAACGAAGUGGAGGUGCAGCUGUUCUUCUCAACGCUUCAGAAUCCGGUCUGAGACGUUUAAUGUAAUACACGGUUUAUGCGAACAACAGAUCGUUGCCGUUGCAUGCGCGUUCUCGAAAAUCGAUCAACUUGGUGAAAAUUAUGCGGAGUGACAAUCCUGCGAAUAUUUCGCGAAGAAAUCCUACCACACCGAAGGUAACGACAACCGAUGGGAAUUCGAAGGAGUCAAGGUUUCGGCUUGUCAUAACGUCUAAUGACCGUAAAGUGUAAAAAAGUUGAUUGAGUCAAUCAUGAGUCUCGAUUGGAUACACCGUAAAUUGAUUAUCAAUAAACAAGUGAGAGGACCUGCAACGAUUCAACGUCGUGUUAAUCUCGUCGUCAGCGGUUGAAAGAAGAAAUUCCGAAGAAACGUGUUUCGUCGUGGAACAAAGAGGGGUGCACAAUAUGUCCGGGAGCGUGAUAAAUUUCGGUGAACCGACGACCGACGAUACGGGAACAACUGUCGUUCAAUUAAACGAAUCGCUGCCGGGAGCUUAUAAUUAUUCAAAAGCAGUCGCGGAAUUUUUAAAGUCCGACGAUCCCUCACGCCGAGAUCCUCUCUACAUAGUUAUACCGAUAACGAUAAUUUACAUAGCGAUUUUUUCCACCGGAGUCGUCGGAAAUAUAUCGACCUGCGUGGUCAUAGCGCGAAACAGAUCGAUGCACACCGCAACGAAUUAUUAUUUAUUCAGUUUGGCUAUAUCGGAUCUCCUCUUGCUUAUAUCCGGUCUGCCGCCCGAGAUGUACUACAUCUGGUCGCAAUUUCCCUACAUUUUCGGAGAGGUAUUUUGCGUGAUACAAAGCUUCGCUGCCGAAACAUCGGCGAACGCGACCGUUUUGACGAUAACGGCGUUCACCGUGGAGAGAUACGUGGCGAUAUGUCACCCCUUCAUAUCCCACACUAUGUCAAAAUUGUCGAGGGCUGUUAAAUUCGUGGUGGUAAUAUGGCUAUGCGCUCUCGGUUUGGCGAUACCGCAAGCUAUACAAUUUGGCGUUGUUUAUAGCCAACAUGACAAUGGAACGAUAAUAGAAGACAGUGCUCGUUGUACCGUGAAGUGGGUUCUCAUCGAACAUGCCUUCGGAAUAUCCACCAUGCUUUUUUUCGUCGUACCGAUGACGAUCAUAACCGUUCUGUACGUUUUAAUCGGAGUCAAACUGAGAAGAUCACGGCUUUUGACGGCUGUCAAGAGGACUUCGAUAUCGAGCAGCAUAAAUCACGGCGAUAAUUCGAGCAGAGGAAGGACAGCCGCCCAACGAAACGUCAUCAGAAUGUUGGUUGCCGUCGUCGUCGCAUUUUUUAUCUGCUGGGCGCCGUUUCACGCGCAAAGAUUGCUCGCCGUUUACGCUCAAGGUGCGACUGAAGAACCACAUCCAGUUUUGAUCAUCGUCUACACUACGCUCACUUACGUUUCCGGUAUAUUUUACUACCUGUCCACAACGAUCAAUCCGCUUCUCUACAACAUCAUGUCCAACAAAUUUCGAGAAGCAUUCAAGACGAUGCUGUCUCAGAAUUGCGGGCGUAGAAAAUCGCAGUGGAAGAAUAUUCCCCGUCGGCCGACUUACAGCGCUUUGUCACGCCGGCCAAGAAACGGGGGUAGUUAUUGCCUGCGAGAAAAUAAUAAUCGUCAAUCGGCGUCGGUCUCGAUAAGCGAGGAGGCGCAGCGUGCCGCGCUGGAAAGCCAACUGGUUCGAAACGACGUGCAAGGAGAAAGGAGUAUUUUCGAAGGGGAAAAUCAGGAUUGCGUCGGAUUCGAUAUUCCAGGAUCGCCCGGAAUCAACGGGACGACCAUUCCCGACGAGAUUUUAAAAAAUGAAUUCUGCCGAGGAAUCAAAAGAAGCAUCUCCAGGGGAUCUUCGAACUCUAGUCAAUACACGGUUACGACCUCCGUGAGCAAAAAGGUCAACGAAGGUAAUAAUAACACCGCGUUCAAGGUCGGUGGAAAUUACGUGAAUCGACGUUCUUCGAAAAAGCCAACAUCUCAGGGAGACGAUAACCCCCGAUGCCAGAAAACGAUUGUAUUGAGUCUCCUGGCUGAUAGGAUAAGAUUCGGUACGCGGGGACUUUUCACGUCGGACGUGAAAAAUUCGAGGCCCAAAGUGAGACCGGAAGUGGCGAGUGCGCCGCCGAGAUUGAAGAGCGAAACUAGCAUCGAGAGUGCGAAUACCAUCAGCAAUUCGAGUUUGCAAGAUCUGGACGAGACGGAAUUCACGGGUUCCGAAUUGGCACGGUAUAUGGGAGAGGUGAAUUUCGACCUGAUUACCUGACGAUCGGUCAAGCAUUCUAGACUCCUGACGACGUCGUCCUUGCGAAGAUUCUCCCUGAGAGAUUAAAACGGAAUUCAUCCACCGUGAAAUUGGAUUUUCGAUUACGAGGGACCGUGUGGGUGCAAGGGAUGAAAUUAAUUAGUAUCGAUGCUUCUACUAUCCAGAGUCCCGAUCUCGGAGGAACAAAGUAAGCGAACGAAUGCGGCUGAUCGUUUCAGCGAAACAAUUAAGUUCGAAUCAGUCGCGAUAAAGGAAAAAAGUAAGAGUGUCUCAAUCGGAUUCGAUUUGCACAUUCUGGGCCAAAGGAGAGCGGAUAAUCAACGUCACCGCAAGUACAAAACCAAAAAAAAAGAAAAUAAACAAAGAAAAUCCUACCGACCAUGACACUGAUUGAUCAGAUGAUUUGCAGUUUGAAAAGAAAAUUGUCGAGCCUUAUCAUAAAUAAUUUUAUCACUAUUUCGGUGUAUCAUUAGUAUUUUUGUAUUAGAAUAUAGUGAUUCGGCAGGUCCUCAGCUCGUAAAUAAGAGACAAAGUCAGUAUGUAUUAAAAUAUUCUUAUAGAACGUCUUCGAAACGACAAAAGAAGAGUGUAGAUAUUUAAUUUAUUUUUGUAUCCGUAAAUGAUUAAUAAAAAAAAACAAAAUAA